GCUGGCAGCCACACUACCACAGCCUCUCAGGGAGCCUCACUCAACAAAAAAGUCUCCACAGACUCCGACCUGGACUCAGAGAGAGAGUCUGAAUCCAGAUCAUAAUUGGUGCACCUCUGAGUGAGGCCUCAGCCUGCCAAAUCUCUCUGUUUUCCUUCACUGACAUGGAGCUCUUCACUCUGCAGAAAACCCUCCAGCACAGUCACAUGGGCGAGGAGAAGCACCAGAUGCUGAACCUGAACCGACGCCUGGAGACCUACCUGAACCGGGUCAAACACCUGGAGGAGGAAAAUGCGCUGCUCGCCAAAGAAGUCCAAGCUCUGCGGCGCAGCAAUCAUGGAGCUCUGAGCAGAAGGAAGGGCCUGGAGGAAGAGCUGCACCGUGGGAGACUAGAGGUGGAAGCAGCCUGGAGGGACCGGGUCUACACGGAGAUGGAGGUGGGCCGGAUGAUCGAGGAACUCCAUGAGCUGGACGUGCAGAGGCAGAGGGAAGCUCAGGUCAAGGUGGAGGCCAAGAAAAGGCUGGAGAACAGCAGGAAGGAGCUUGAGGAGGAGCAGAGGGCACAGAUCUGGCUGAGAGAUAAGGUGGGUCAGCUGGAGAACGAGCUGAGGCACCUGGUCCAAACCCAUGAGGAGGAGGUGGUCCAUUUAGAAGCCAAACUGACCCUCUCCAGGUCCACAGUGCCUCCUGCUUUCACUCAAAGGAGAAACCCAAACCUCCUGGAGCUGGGGCAGGAGUUCUCCCAGAGGGCCACCAGGGCCUGGCAGGAGGCAGCAGAAGCCUACCAGGGCCAGCUGGCUCAGAUGGAGGAGUCCCUGAACCAGACCAGGAGCCGUUUGAUCGAAGUGAAUCAGGAGAGGAGUGAGAGCCAGCUGAAGCUCCAAACGCUGGAGAAAGAGAUCGUCUCAGCUCAGGACGUCAGGACGCAUCUGGAGAGGACGGCAGACCAACAGGGACAAAGAUACAGUCUGGAGAUCCAGCAGCUCCAGGUGAGAGCAGAUCAGAUCUGGGUCUUUGUAGGCCUACCUGAACCACCAUGUAGCUUUAUCAGCAUGAAUCCUCAUAUUGAUAAUGGAUAUUAUAGAUAGAACACUAUCAGUCAAAUUCAGAAUAUAAUACAAUUAUUUACAUUUUCAUAAUUAUGAGUAAAAAUCCAAAAGUUGUUGCCUCAUAAAACUAUUGUUUGUCAUGCUUUUAUUUUGACAUCUUUGUUCUAAUUAAGGUUACUCAAUUUCCUUCAUGGGAAAACUUUUAUUUUGAAGUGUGAGCAACUUCUGGUAGAAUUUUAGAUAUAAGGUUCAAUCAUCUUUCAGAGGGGGCUAACGCUAACAAACUAACUCGCACUGAACUUUUAUUCUAGAAAUCUGUGGAAAAGUCAGGAUUCUGGAAUUAAAGUCAGAAUUCAGAGUUUUGUUUUUUUAUUAGCGCUCGCCUUGUCUGAAUUUAAGGCAAGCGCUAAAAUAACUUUCAUAGAUGUAGCCAUCUUCUUUCAGGCCUUGGCUUUUUUCCGACUUGGUAACUGAAACGCAGGUAACUUGGCUGUGACGUCAUUUUCAGCUCGGACUUCUGACUUCCGAGUUAACUCGAAUGCAGCAUUAGCAUUCCGAGAUAUAAGACCAAAUUCCAACUUCAGUCUCAUAGAUCUCAGAGAAAGUCAAAAAUUCUGACUUUUAUCCUUGAAUUCUAGAAUUCUGAGCAAAAAAAACUCAGAAUUUAACAGGUUUCUUUAAAUUCCGAGGAAAAAAGCCAGAAUUCCGACUUCAAUCUUAGAGAUCCGAGCGAAAGUCAAAAACUUCUGACUUAUAUUAUUGAAUUCUGAGACAAAUCAGAGUUAAAAAUAUCUGAGUUUUAUAUCAUUUCUGUUGUUACUGUCCUUCAUCUAUCAGAGUAGGUCUUUGAAUCGAUCUUUUAACGUCCUGACGUUUUCUCCGUUGAACUCCCCGCCUCUGCUCUUAAUGGAGAACUCAUCCUGUCAUUGAACAGUCCUCACGGGGUCAUCUGUGUUGCUCACUAAACGUGCAAUCUUCAACAGCUUCAUGUGUCAAAAAUAGACAUGGUCUAAUAUAAUAAAACAAAUAUUCAGGGGCGGAGUGUCAACAGAUGACAGUUGGAACCUAAAUGAGGAAGGCCAAACUGACACGAUGGAGUUUACUGAUGACUCAUCGUUCACUAACUACAGGACAGGUCGGGUCACAUGCAGAUCAAACAUAAUUCACCUACUUUCUUAAAUGACAUUUCUAAGAUUUCCAGCAUCUGGUGAAUCCUGAUUAUACCUCAGUGCAGACUUAGUUCCCCUCAGGACUUCUCUGAUUCAGUAGGUGGGUCUGGAGAGCCUAAAUAUUCAUAAACUGAGGCUGAUGGGAUUAGUUCCUGUCACUGUCAAGUCUGAGGGGUUAGGCAUCUGAUUUAGACUAAGCUCUGCUCUGUAAGUCUGGUCCUGGUUCAGAUCAUUUGGAGGACUUAAAUAACUCUGUCAUGUAACAGCAUCAGUGUCAAAACUCAACAUCAGGACUAUUUACAGACAUUUGACCCAAACACUGGAACAUCUCUCAGCGUGGCGAACAGUAGCACAAUGAGCGUCGACAGCGAGAAUGCUUUCAUGACUUAUUUUAACCACUUCCUUUUCCGCCUCCUCUUCCUGUUUUGGCAGGAGCAUUUGGAGGCCCUGGAGAUGGAAAAAGGAGAGCUGGGCCAGAAGAUUGAGAGCAUCCUGCUGGAGAACCGAGGCCUGCUGCAGGCAAAGAUGUCCCUGGGGCUGGAGGUAGCAACAUACAGGUACGAGUCCCAGAGUGAAUUCCCAGUAAGAAUCUCAUCACUGGUUCUCAUUAUGGACAGAGAAGUAAAGGAGGUCUAAAGUGGUCAAAUAAUUUGAUAUUUGCAUCACAUUUAAUCUUGGAUGUAAUCUAAGUUUAGGGGAAGUAGCAUGGACCAAAACCAACAAAACGACAUAAACUUGAGGAGAAAGUCGCAGAAAACAGCAGCAGUAAAGUUAAUCCUGCACACACUUCCUGGAGUAGUUAGAAGAAGUGACAUGUUUUACUAUCACUCCUGAUGUUCGGUGUCUGUUGUCGUCAAAAAUCACAGAUCCCUCAGGUCUUUGCACUGAGAGUCAGAAGGUUUUUGAUUGUUUACAGUGUUUUCAUGCCAGAGUAAAGGUUGGAGCAGCGUUUGUUGUUUCUAACUGCUUUCUUACAUGUCAGCUUUGAGUCCUCUUCUCCCAAUCGUAUCAAAGGUGUCGGGAUGAAGGGAUGAAAAGCAGCCGUUUAUUUCGCGCCUUUUAUUCUCGAGCGUUGUCGUUUGAAAGACGCGCUGAUAGAGAUACGUUUUGUCCUUCAGAACUCGUCUCUUUGACUUUUCAUAAUAGAGCGCUUUUAAUGAAGUGUCAGUCACAUCAUGAUGAAGAGGAGACACCUUUACCUCACACUGUGAUGAAGCAUUAAAACUUCACGGCGGCGGCGGAGGAUCUGAGCCGCUGAGCCGUUUGAUGUCAGUCAGGCGUGGGUUCAAUGUUGCAUGUAAUGAAACACGGGUUUGAUGUUUGUUAAAGCCGCCUCUCCUCCCGACUCAAUCACGAGUUUUCCAAAAGUCAAUCUGCAAAACUUUCUUUGUCUGUAAAACAGUUGAAGAAAAUCUUCAACUUGGCAGAAGAUCUCACACGACAAACAUUAGUAUUAAACCGACACUGUUAUUUUAAAGUGAUUUGUACAGACGCGUACUGCAUUCACAAAAAAAAAAGAAAAAGUAAUUUUUUUUCUGUUCUGUUUUUUUCGACUAAUUUUUCUCUGUUUUUUUGACUAAUUUUUUUGCUGUUUGUUUUUCAGACUGAUUGUUUUUCCUUUUCUCUGGGAUCAUGAUCAUAUAGAUGAUUUCACCCCCCUCUGCUCCAUUUAUUGGAAGCAAACAUGGCCCACUUGUUUAGUUUAAUCAAGUUUGUAUUCCUUUUGGGUUUGAGACUCUGGGAGAUCCUCAUUUCUUUGAGUAAGAUAGAUGAAUCGUCAUAAGUUUGUCUACUUUGCGCAGACACCUCAGGAUUUGCAUACCUGAAGAACACAAAGACGAACAAUAUGAGCCCAAAAAACAGUAAAAAAAAAAAAAGUCAGAAAAACAGAAAGAGGGGAAAAAAAUAUUCGUACAAUAAACAGAAGAAAAAAAUAGUCAGAAAAACAGCAAGAAGAAAAAAAUUAUUCUGGAAAGCAGCAAAGAAAAAAAAUACUCAAAAAAAUAGUUUCCUUUUUUUUUUUAAGUAAAUUUAAUACGCUUCCGUAGAUUUGAACCAACUUUGAAAUAUUAGCAGCACUUUUACUUCAACAUCACAGACUCAGGUCGGUGUUCAGCGAAGUUUGCAGAUUUAGAGAGGAGAGCAGGGAGAGGAGCAGGAGGACCAGUCCAGUCAGGAUUCACUGAAGAAGUCGACUUUCUAACUGGACAGAAAAGUUACCAACCAAACAGCACGGUCAUUAAAUAAUUCAAUUAUGAAUUUACUUUAAACCAGAUUAAAUUAACUUAUGUUGUGCUGAAUAAAGUCAAACUGAGUGAUGUCUUAUUUGAGUCGAUCACUCUCUAAUAGCCUCAGCUCUGCUCUCAGCACAGGUUGUAUAAUCAUAUCAGAUAUAAUGUUGGAUUUUUAAAAGCUGAAGAGCUCCCAUGAUGAUCCCGCUGAAGUGCCUCUCAACACGUAUUUAGAUGAUUGGUUCAGACCCGAAGAUCGCUGCUCAGACAAACACACCUCCAUUAGCAGAGCAGACACACUAACGGGUUCGUCCACAGCCGUCUGGACUAUUGGAAGAGCAGCCUCUGUCAUCUUCCACAGAGGAACUUAUCCAUUAUGCAUUUCUGCAGCGGUGUCUCCUUUCUCCUCCUUUCUCCCUCGUCUUCCAAAUAUUGACCCUCCCCUUCAGUCUGAAGAUACCGAUUUAUGAGCGUUGGGACUCUAGGAGAGCAGCAGAGGGGGAGGAAACUAAAGGACAGGUUUCAAUGUCAGCGACUGCUGCACAUGAAAUGAUGUUUCUGUAUCUCAUCUGUGAUAUUUGAACAAAAACCAGGACUGUGAAAGGACCCCUGCAGACACAAAGCUCAGCUCAUUUGAGGAGCAUGUGUUGGAAUGGAGGCUGAUGUGCUCAACAUGUGUGAACGCAGACAGAGGUGUUAGUGCUGCAUGAGCUGCUCAGAAUAUAUGUGUGUCACCGCCGUGCACAAGUGUCCCCUCAGGCUGUCUGUGUGUGUGUGUGUGUGUGUGUCAGAUGGCUCCUCAAUGGUGGGCCCUUUGCUUCAUUACCAUAACAACAGACCUCAGUCUGUCCCCGCUGAUCAAGAGCAACAAAAGUCGUCCUUCACUCCUCUUCACGUCUGCCUCUCUGCGUGCAGCAUCCUGACUCUGUUUCCUGUUUUUACUGCUCAGUUUUUUCAUAAAUUCAGGUUUUUAAUGUCUCCAGAGUUAAACGUGAUUUUUCUCUUCUGUGUGUCUGCAGAGCUUUGCUGGAUGGUGAGAGUUUCAGAGGAAACACCUUUCAGAGAAACACAGGUAAUUCAAUAAUACCAAAGAGGAGAUCAGGGGCAGAUGAAGUUUUUCAUCACUCUGCAUAAAGAAAAGGACAUUUCAGGAUUUCUUUGCAGCGACAUGCAUGUAUGCACUUGCAAUAUGCACAGCAGCAGAGUCCUGCAGCGAUCAGGGUAAAAGCAGCAGGUGAACAGAGCAAAACUCAUCCUGCACCAGAGGGACAACUGUAGAGGGAAAAAAUAUAAAGUUAACACAUUUUUCUAAAUGUCUCAGAUUUAACUUUUCCUGCUGUUUUUUUUACCUAAACUAAGAUGCUCAAUAACAUCAGACAAAAAGGCUGCAAACUGAAGUUCAUUAACAUCUGAAAUGUUAAAUGUUGGUCAAAUGUAACUGAAUACAAUAAUAAAUAUACUCUCUUCAUUCAUAAAGCACCUUUAAAAACAAAUGUUUUGAAAGUGUUUUGACUGUCAGAGUCGAGAAAAAGGAAUUUAACAGCAGAGGUGAAAUAAAUCAAAAUCUACAGCAAAUAAAGAGGCAAGAAGUACAAGAAUAAACAAAUUAAAGGACAAUUCCAAAAAUCACAAGAUAAGGAAACGCUGAAAAAGAUGUGAGUCAGGGUGGUAAAGAGAAACCACUAAAUGGAUUAAUUAGUAAAUAAAUAAAAGUUACAAGUGGCAACAGAGUAUUUACAUCCUCCUCUCCUCCUCCGCUCCCCUUUAACACCAACACUCCUCUCUUCUGGAGGAGCGCCUCCAACCUCAGGACGUUUCAAACGAUUCAUCAUUCUCGGCUUACUGGUCUUACUGGGAUUGGGGGUCUUAGCAAAAGGAGCUGAGGUCGGCACUCUGGCUCCUGUAAUGUAAGCCACCUCUCGGGGAGUCCCCAAAGGUCAUUGAGCCAUCUGGUUUAGUUUCCAGUAACUUAGACGACGAGGAAAGGAGACGACGAUCAAUAUCUCUCCAUUAGAGUCCAACCUCUGUUUAGUACAGAUGUUUUAAUUGAAGGCAGGUUCUUCACAGUAUCUUUAUCACAUUAAGAUUACAAAGAGUGAUUUAAUAUAAAAGACACGAGCGUGUGAAGGACAAAGAGAGCAGGAUGGAGAAAGGCGUCAAUGCGAAGCUUCGUUUUUACAGUAACUCAUUGUGUAUUCAUGAGCUUCCUUUUGUCCUCCACAGAUGCAGUUUUCAGUCCUCAUGGGGUUAAAAAGAAUUACCACACACAGCUGCCCGCCAGCCACAAAACCACUUCCCUCUCAUCUGUCCGUGGCGUAACAGGAACAGGACUAACGGCGAGAGCUGCAGCUCCAGUCUGGAGUCAAAGACCCGUCACUGUCACUGAAACGCCGAAGGCUCCUACGAAAUCCGCAAACAAGGACGAAAUAAAACCAGCACCAUCUGAGACCCCUUAUCCAAGAAUACUACAGGAUGGAGCUGUUGAAAAUUUCAGACCACAAGAAGUUGAGGAGAAAGUCACCUAUGCUGAGCCUCUGUCGCCCCCUAAUGAGCAGGAGGUUCCUGCAGAGGUCGGGGUAAACGAAGAGGGUCGCAACAAUAACGGUGUCGAACACCCAGAGGAGAGUUUUGAGGCAGUGAUCCAGCAUCAGGUUCAGUCCAUCCUCAGUAAAGCGCCUCCACCGAUGGACGAAGCUGGUCUGCAUCAGUUCGACACGCCAACCCUUACACCGUACCACGUCAGGAUCAAAGAGGAGUCCUGUAGUUUCCCAGAUGAACCUGAUGAGAAUGAGUCUGCUGAGAACCAGCAUGUGGAAAAACCACGUUCCCCUGUUGCAGCAUGGGAGGAGAAGAAGGAUCUCGACAAAGAACUGGAGCAUCUGCGUGAAGAAACUUCAGAUUCUGAAACGGAGGCGAUGCUCGAACCGACUUUUGAGUCCAGAACAAGCAGCCCAGUGUCUGAAGACGAUGGAAAUAUCCUAAAAGAGGAUGCAGCUGAGACGAGGCAAGAAAUGAGCCGCUCUGCCGAAGUCAAAAAUAAGACGAGUGAGGAGGAUAAGUUGUACCCUGAUGGAGAGGAGAUGGAUACCUGGGAUAGUGUGAUAGAAAGGAAAGUGGAACGGAAGGAUGAAAACAUAAAAGUAAGUGAGGAAAAGCUGCAGCGUGCUGAACCAGAGGAGGAUAUUUCUGCAAGAGAACAAAAACAGGGAAAUGGGGAAGUUACAGCAAAUGAGAAUGUUGCCUCUUCGAUUACGGACAAAGAAGCAGGUGGUGAUGAUGGACGGGACUUCAGUUUAGACCAAGAGCAUGAAGCGAUCUCUGACAAAGAAGAAGAUGAGGACUCUCAAAAUGUCUCUGUGUCGUGGAGGACUGAGCUGGAGAGCGACAGCUAUGUGCAAGAUAACACCCUCGCCGACACCCGUCCUCUGAUUCGGUACAAGAGCGAUGAGACUGACGCCAACACUCACGCAUCGCACAUGGAUGAGAGCGAGUCCAGCGAAGGCGAGCAGGAGAAGAAGGCCGGAGAGGCAGGAAGUGGAACAUGGGGGGAGAGCAAGUCAAAGAGAUUCGGCACCAUGGAAGAUCUGUGCGAGGAAGUCGAAGGUGAGGCACUGGAUGAGGACUAUGACCUGGGGUAUACCCACAUCGAGGAUCAAGUUGUCGUCCACGAGAUUAAUGAAGAUGCAACAGAAAGUGCAGAAGAAAUCUUCAGGAAAGUCAGUGAGGGAUGUUGGGGUGUAGAAACAGAAGAAGACACCAAAGCCAUGGCGUUUGAAAAUGAGAGCUACGAUGAGGAGUUAGAGACGGACAGACUCGUGGAACAGGAAUUGGAAAACCUGGAAACAGACAGCUACAGCGCUCACUUUACAAAGCAGCAGAUCAGCAGGUGCGAGGAUGUCGUAGAGUUUGUCGAGGAAACUACGGGUCCGGAAAAUGCUGAGGACAUACCUUCUUUCACAAAACCUGAACUUGCAUCUUUUGAUUCAGGUGUAGCACAGCCUCCCGAGGAGCAAGAUUUCAGUGAGGUGUCUUUGGAAAAGCCUCAGAGGGAAGCAGAUGAGAUGGAUCAUCUUAAAGAUCAAGAAACUGCAGAGACAAUAGAGGAAGAGCGUCAUGUUUCCAAAGUGAUUCCUGUUGGGGUUCAAAGUGGCUUCAGUGAACCCCUCAGUCUGCCUGAUCUGGAGGAGAAGCUAAAACCAGCAGAACAAGAAAACCCGCAGGAUAAAGCUGCUGAAGAGGCUGAACCUGUGGAGGAAUCAACUGCAUCCCAGGAGCAUCUGGUCAAGGAUGUUACAGUCCGUCAAGGAUUCCCAGAGGUUCCUGAAACAACCGCAUGGGAUGUCCUGGAUGAUUCAGCUAAAAUAGGUCCUCAAACUGAAGAUCAUGAAAAAUGUGAGUCAGCUGAAGGUUCCCAUCUCAGUGACAAAGACUCUGAUCAGGGUGGUAGGGCGUUCAAGGCAGAGCCUGCUGCGUUGUCCCCUGAAAGUGUACCCUCUGAAGACAACAUCUUCAUGGUAAAGGACUCUGCCGAACUCUCAAACGGCAAAGACAAAGGCCGUCAUGACUUCUUCAGCUCCGGGGUGCAGAGUGACCUCUGGAUGUCCUCCUUGGAGACCGGCGCAUCCUAUCAACCAGAUGAUUCCUUUAAUGAAGCAGCUGAGCAAACCAAUAAGAAUCAAGGAUUCGCUGACGACUCGCUUUGGGGGGAUUUGGAAGACCCGAAUGUGGUCAACAAAAACUCAAAGGUGAACAUUGAUUCAGCUCAAGCCCUGGACACUACCACAGAGAUGAAGAAGCAGACGUUUACGGAGGUGAAGAAGCAGAUGUGUAGAAAUGUUGUUGAGGGAGAGUUUGUCCACUCAGAGGAGUCUGAUGUCGAGGGUGAAUCCUGGUCAUCAGAGGAGGAAACUGAAUAAACGCAACACGACUUUUCUUUGUUAAAUUACUUUUAAUCUGAUUAAUGUUGGUCAGUGGUGGAAGAAGGGCACAACUUGAGUUUCCAGCUGCUCCUUUAUAAGUAAAUGUUGCUGCUCAGCUGAAAUCGACACCGGACAUUAAAACGUUAGGACAUGUGAAUCAUCAGUCUCGUCACUGAUGGUCUCAUUUUCUUUACGAUAUUGAUUUCGGUUGAUUAAGUUCAGAUAUUAAAAAAUGUACUCAAAUAUAGCUGCUGAUUUUAGUUAUAAAUAAGUAAACAUAGAGUUUAUUCCACUUCCACUGAAUACCAAAGUCGUGCCUUGGUGCACCUCUCCAUGAUGCUAACCACCAAUGUGCCAAGUCCGUGUAGAAAUCCUCAGAGCUUGACGUGAUAGAUUUGACUUUUAAUUUCUCCUUUAGUUUGAAACUCUUCAGUCUUCCAGGAUGCAUGUUAUAGAUGAAGGUUUGGUGUGUUUGCAUGAGGGAACAUCAUGAAGACAGAACAAAGGGUGUCAUUUGAAAGUCAAAGGAUUCAUUGAUUGCUGCCUAAUCUGAUUUCACCGACUGAUGGAAAUCAAUGAGAGCAGGAGAGGAGGAUUGUUGAUCGAGCUGCAGUUUCACAGCGAAUCAAACAGACAGACUGACAGAGUUUCUGUUGUGGAGUUAUCUUAUUUCAUCAGACAGACUAACCUCUACCUGUUUUACACAUGUGGAGAAUAAAGUAAAUGUUUUAUCUGUAUUUGGUUGAUCUCAUUAAACUGCUUUAGUUCCCGUUUAUAAAGAUUUCACUGCGGUACAUUUUCAUUCCAAAAUAAAAAGUAGAUUCAUCAUAAGGUCGAAGUCUCUUUGAGUUUUUUCUUAGUUAAUUUGCACAGCAGCUUCACACACUGAGCUUUUUUAAAGUGGCUUUAAAGGUCCAUGAGGAGUUUAUUACUGUGCGGUGAUUUUUGUUACCCUUGUGAUUAAAUCCUAAAAUUUGAGUCAGUAUUCCGUUUACAGUCCAGAAUUCUGACUUUAAUCUCAGAUUUUUGACUUUUAGUUUCCAUUUCUGUGAAAUUUUGAGAAUAUAAAGAUGAGACUUGGAAAAAAAAAACUUCAGCUAGUAACGAAAGAUGACCAGACAUACUGGUUUAAUGUUACCUGUUGGGACAUGUUAAGAUAUUAAAGUGUGUAAUAUUUAUAUUUAUAUUAUAUAAUAUUUCCUUCAAACAUUAUGCUUUCAUAAAAUAAAAGUACUACACCAGGAGGUGUUUUUUUCAUUACUAUGUUACUUUAAAUAUAAUUUUUGUGAUGAUGGAUGAGGCAGACCUCCGAACGUCACACUUUUUUCAUAACUCAGACUUUCCUGAAGGCCGGGUCAAGAACUGCAGCUCUGCGCUCUCUAGAAACAUCCAUCUCUGUUUCCUUUGGGGUUUCACUGAGGAAAGGCUGUGUGUGUGUGUGUGUGUGUGUGUGUGUGUGUCUGAACUUGGCAACAUUCGCUGACCUCAAAUCAGUCCGGCUAACAAAGCAGCAGCAGAGCCGUCCACCCGCACACAGCAGCAGCCAUCCCACGAGACGACCGAGGAAAAGACGGACUGAGGGAACAACAAUGUGUGACCUCACCUCCUCUCCCUUCACCCCUCCACUCCCCCACCCCCCAGUCAUUCAUUCAUUAGUCAGUU